AUGGAAUACAGGAGGAAACAGCCCGAGAACCUGCCGCUGCUGCAGCGCUUCGGCCGCUGGCUCUCCCUCAAGCAGUACCAGAUCGAGGUCACAUUCGGUGUAUACAUGUUUACGCCGACUGAGAAAUUCAUCUUUUGGUCUGUAGUGUUCCUCCUCUUCUCCCUGACCACCAUCGCCGUCAUCCUCUACCUCCCGCAACACCUGCUCUUCAUCCUUAACCGUGGCUGGUUCUACGUCAGCGGAGGCGACGAGGGCAGCGCAACCGACAUCGCCGCUGUCAGCAAAGACGUCCUGUCCCUGUCGCUCUCAUCCGAAGCCAUGACGACGACACCCACCGCCGUCGCGGGCGCUGCCGGUUCAUUGAUUCCGGAGUUAUAG